UAGUUCGCCCUAAAUAAGCGAUUUUCUUCGGCUUCAUUCAAGUUCAAGUGUGCUUAUUGUUAGUGUGUCAAUCGUGCUUCAAGGAAGAGAGUUGUCACCAUGGCUGCAUUCGCGGAACCUCAUUUCCAGGCUUGGGUCCAAAGCGCGGUCGCCAAUCUGACCGUGGUGGAUAAAGUCCCAGCGGAUAUGCUGCACCUAGUAGAUGCCCACUGGUAUCAGUUCCCACCGUUAAACCCGCUAUGGCACUCGAUUCUCGGAAUCGCCAUCUUUAUACUGUGCUUCAUUUCCUUAGCCGGAAAUGGUUGCGUAGUCUACGUCUUCACCUGCACCAGGACACUCCGAACCCCCUCCAACCUGCUAGUGGUCAAUCUGGCCUUCUCGGAUUUCCUGAUGAUGUUUACGAUGGGACCGCCAAUGGUGUUCAACUGUUACAACGAAACCUGGUUUCUGGGACCGUUCGCUUGCGAAUUGUAUGGCAUGUUCGGAUCAUUGUUCGGUUGUGUCUCAAUCUGGAGCAUGACACUGAUUGCCUUCGAUCGUUACAAUGUUAUCGUCAAGGGUCUCUCGGCUAAGCCGUUGACCAACAAUGGAGCUCUGCUGCAGAUCCUCUUCGUGUGGGCAUCUUCCCUUGCCUGGACACUCGCUCCAUUAUUCGGAUGGAACCGAUAUGUCCCAGAAGGUAACAUGACCGCUUGUGGAACUGAUUAUCUCACCGACACCUUGCUCAGCCGCUCAUACAUUCUGGUGUACUCGAUUUUCUGUUACUUUGCACCAUUGCUGUUGAUCAUCUACUCGUACAUCUUUAUCAUCAAGGCCGUUUCUGCUCACGAGAAAAACAUGCGCGAACAAGCCAAGAAGAUGAACGUUGCCUCACUUCGAUCACAGGAGAAUCAGAGUACCAGCACUGAAAUGAAGCUGGCCAAGGUAGCCCUGGUCACCAUCUCACUGUGGUUCAUGGCAUGGACUCCGUAUCUGAUCAUCAACUACACCGGUAUCUUCAAGACUGCCCCAAUCACCCCACUGGCCACCAUCUGGGGAUCGUUGUUUGCCAAGGCUAACGCCGUCUACAACCCGAUUGUAUACGGCAUUAGUCAUCCGAAAUACCGUGCGGCUCUGUACCAGAAGUUCCCAGGACUGUCCUGUACAGAUUCCACCGACGACAGCAAAUCAGUGAAUUCUGGCACUACGACCAUGAUCACAGAAGAAAAGCCAUCAGCCUAAAUUGCCAUCA